UCCCUCCAUGCCAGCAUAUAUACAAAGACAAGGAAGCAAAUGAUGAAACUUGAGCCGGGGCAAGACCAGCUUCAGAAAUACAAACCCCUGCUUCGCGAGCAACUCAAAAUCAGCACUGCAGUGGGCAACCCAAAUGCCCGAGGUCAACGAAAUGAAUCUUUGGCUUGGUUUUGGUCUGUUGAAGUCGACCUCAGGGGUCCUGAUCAAUCAUGGAAUGAGGAAUUUUACCAAGUCCAUUGGCUGAGGGCAAAGGCACUACAGGAUCAAUGGAGGAAAGAAAUGCUAUUGGUCAAAUUGGAGAUGGAUUGGACAUGUAAGUUCUUUUUGUGGAAA